AUGCAUUUAAUUCUAACCGGCGCAACUGGUCUCGUCGGUUCUGGCAUUCUCCAACAGAUGCUCAUACACCCCUCAGUCACCAAAAUAUCAAUCCUCUCUCGAAACCCUGUUCCCCUUGCUGAAACACACGCAAAUAGCAAAAAGGCAACUGUCAUCAUCCACUCUGAUUUCAAGAAUUACCCGGAGACUGUUUUGGAGCAAUUGAAAGGAGCAGAGGGAUGUGUUUGGGCUUUGGGCACUAGUAGCGCGGGGAUGGAUAAGGAAAAAUAUACCGAAAUAACCCAAACCUACACCCUCCGCGCCGCGCGGACCUUUUCCCCUCUCUCCUCCCCCAAGCCCUUCAAAUUCCUCUUCGUAUCUGGCGAAGGCGCAACCACGACCCCCGGUAUGCUGACACCUAUGUUCGGCGUUGUAAAAGGUGCAACUGAAGCCGAAUUGCUCGCUCUUCCUACAGAAAAGGGUUAUGAAAAUCUCAAAGUAUUCAAUGUGAGACCAGGGGGUGUAGACUCUUCUGAACAUGAAGAGAUCGAGGAAUUUGUGCCGCAGAGGAAGGGUCUCUUAAGAUUGGGGGAAAUGGGAUUUUUUCCUAUAGUGAGGCUUGUGGCUAGGAAUAUGUAUACGCCAACGAGGGAGAUGGGAAAGGUGGUUACGGAGUUGAUGUUGGGGAAUGGAGAAAAAUUGGAAGGGAGCGGGGUUAUAGAGGGGAGAACUUUGAGUAACAUUGGAUUGAGGAGGAUGGGAGGAUGGUAA